CCAGGCCGCUCUCCGGUUGCGCCCCUGCGAGUGGUUCCGGCUGUGUCUUCAUGUAGGGCCCGCUCCCCAUCCCGCCGGCCGCCUGCGGGGCUCUGCGGUGCGGCCGAGGCGCCUGCGCGGCGAGGGCGGGGGCGGGUUAACGGGAGAGCGGGGCGCGGCGGUGGGAACCGGGCCCGACUGUUCUUCAUCAUAAGGCCUCACCAGCUCCUGUCCCUCCUGUGUCCCGCUCUCCGGAUACCUCGACUCGCAGUACUUUGUGCUCAGCUCAGGCCCAGAGCCAUGGCUACCUCCACUUCCUCCUGGGAACUGCCCCUGGUGGCUGUGUGCCAGGUCACAUCAACACCAGACAAGCAGCAGAACUUUAAAACAUGUGCUGAGCUGGUUCGAGAGGCUGCCAGACUGGGCGCUUGCCUGGCUUUCCUACCCGAGGCAUUUGACUUCAUUGCACGCGACACCACAGAGACUCUGCACCUGUCUGAGCCACUGGGUGGGAGCCUUUUGGGAGAAUAUAAGCAGCUGGCCAGGGAAUGUGGACUCUGGCUGUCCUUGGGUGGCUUCCAUGAGCGUGGCCAAGACUGGGAGCAGACUCAGAAAAUCUACAACUGUCACGUGCUUUUGGACAGCGAGGGGUCGGCAGUGGCCACUUACAGGAAGACGCAUCUGUGUGACGUGGAGAUUCCGGGGCAGGGGCCUAUGCGUGAAAGCAGCUCUACCAUGCCUGGGCCCAGUCUCACGCCCCCUGUCAGCACACCAGCAGGCAAGAUUGGUCUUGCUAUCUGCUAUGACAUGCGGUUCCCUGAACUCUCUCUGGCAUUGGCUCAGGCUGGAGCAGAAAUACUUACCUACCCCUCAGCUUUUGGAUCCGUAACAGGCCCCGCCCACUGGGAGGUGUUACUGAGGGCCCGCGCCAUUGAAGCCCAGUGCUAUGUAGUGGCAGCAGCACAAUGUGGGCGCCACCAUGAGAAGAGAGCAAGUUACGGCCACAGCAUGGUGGUGGACCCCUGGGGAACCGUGGUGGCCCGCUGCUCUGAGGGACCAGGCCUCUGCCUGGCCCGAAUCGACCUCAAUUACCUACGACAGCUGCGCCAACACCUGCCUGUGUUCCAGCACCGCAGGCCCGACCUCUACGGCGGUCUGGGUCGCCCACUGUCUUGAGCCUUCUGACUCUGGUGCGCCGAGAGCCCCACUGUGAGCUGGUGGUACUGUAACUUCUGGGCAGGACCCAGACGCAGCUCCCCUACUUGGAGAACCUUGAGUCUCUUGAUGGAACACAGGCUCAGCUUCUUGGCACAGAAGAAACUCACCUGCGCUCACAUUUCAGUUUCAGAAAGGUGGAAUUUUAUAUAGUCACUGUUUAUUUCAAGAAAACUGAAAUUAUGCUGAGGGCUGAGCAGCACUGGCAUUGAAAAAAAAUAUAAUAAUCAUAAAGUCUGUGUGUGGACGUCUCCUUUGGGAGCUGAAAGGGGAGGUGGUGGUGUACCAGCCGACUGGGAGCCACUCCAGGCCUCCUGGCUCACGCCACAGGCCUCCCUACCUAAAUAAAAGUGCGACACUCA